AUGCACGGUGCGAAGAAAAUAAGCAAGGAAAAUAAGCAAAUCCCAAACCGUAGAAAGCAUCCUGGCUUCAUAGACUCAUAGUUCCGAAAUGUUUAGAGGCUUAGGAACUUCACUUUUAAUUAAUGGCUUUGAGGAGCAGCAAAAGCAUGACUGCAUGAGAUAGAUGUUCUUGUGGCAAAGAGGAUUUUACGAGUUGCACACCUUAAUUCCGACAUAGUUAAGAAGCAAAAGACUUUGAUCUAUAGGCGUGAAAGUUCUGUUCCGCAAAGCUAUGUCAUAAAAGUUGAGGAAAAGAGUCGUGAAAGAAAUAAUGUUGUUAAUCCAUCUGAUUUGUUGAGUGGUGAUUAGGAUAUUGACAAGAGUUUAGAGGAGCUUCUGGAAGUGGUUAAGCACAAAUGUUGUACAAGUAAAAAGAAUCAAGCUGGUGAUUAUGAUUCUUUCUGGCCAAAUGAUGUUGUUUCGGUAGUGAGUGCUCUUGAGAAGGCUUUAUAUGAUUCUUUGAAAGAAGAUAUACCAAAAAUUCAAGAGUACUGCUAG